AUGAAGCAUUGCUUUCUCAAUUUAGCCAAAUUAACAAAAACUCCAUCUUCAAUAAUUUAGCAUGACAAAUUUUAUGUUCAAUAACUGUAAUAAUAAAUAACAGAUUUAAAAGAGUAGGUUAAUUUUUUAAUCUAAGAAAACCAGAGAUUAUAGUAACGAUAAGACAGACAAUUACAAAGGAUAAAAGAACAAUAUUAGUAAUUAACAAAAUUUAGCAAUGUUAUACAAUUAGUGCAACAAUUAAAAAUAGAAAAUCUAGCUCUCCGAUAAAAUGUUUAAUCUCUAAAGCUUGAUUUUACUAUUCAAAUGAAUCCAUUAAAAUAAUUAUAUCAUCAUAUUAUCCAAAUACCAAAGUAAUAAAUCAACGACAUUAUGUAAAUAAGAUUACAAUAGCAAGAAACCUAAAUAUCUCAACAAUAAAAUAAAGUUGAGAUUCUCAAUUUAGAACGAACACAACUAUUGGAAUUAUGUUCGAAAUAAGAAGAAUAAUUGAUUUCAAUAUUAUAAAAGUAGAUUUCCAGCUGA